AGCCAAUUUAUGUGAUAUAUCUUGAUUAUGAAAAGCUUUUGAUAAAGUUCCAUAUAGAAGGCUGUUUAGCAAACUAGAACACUUUGGAAUAAGAGGAAAUCUAUUAUUGUGGAUUAAGAGUUUAUUAUUCAUCUAGCAGUUCUGCGUAAGAAUAAAUGGACAGCAAUCAAAUAACCAUCCAAAAGUGGAGUACCACAAGGUUCGGUCUUGGGUCUCCUAUUAUUUGUUCUAUACACCAGAGAUUUGUGCCAACUUUUAUGCAGAAUGACAGAAAAAUCUACUGCAAGCCACUGGAAAACUCUCACAUCAUGAAACAAGACUUGAAUAAAAUAGGAAUCUGGUCCCAGCAAUGGCUAAUGCCCCUCAACAUAAAUAAGUGUACCGUAUUGCACAUUGUCCCAAAUAAUCCCCACACACAGUACACCAUAGGUACAAAGGCAAUAACUCAAGUUAAAACACAAAAGGAUCUUGGUGUAAUCAUAUCUAAAGACAUAAUGGAAAACCCACAUUGCUUAUAUAAUGAAAAAAGUCAACAGUCUCAUUUACCUUAUCAAAAGAAAUGUUAAAGACCAUUCCAAAGAUAUGAUCCUCAAACUGUAUACAACUUACAUAAGACCAAAGAUAUAAUUUGCAUAAACUGUUUGGGAUCCAUAAUUUGUUAACCAUGUGAUUGUGAUCGGCUAGCCAAACUACAACUUUCAAGUUUAAAGGGUAGAAGAACUAGAGGAGACUUGAUAGAAACUUACAAGUAGACCAGCGGAUAUUACACCUGUGAUUACAUCUUCCAGGCCAGCACAUCAAGAAC